GUGGGCGUCCACCGACUGAACCCCUUCCUGACGGCUGGAUCAUGACAUUCCAUAAUUCCGGUAUUCCCGUUUACCUGCACAGAGAAACUAGAGUAGUUACCUGGUCACGACCUUAUUUUUUAGGAACGGGAAGCAUCAGGAAGCACGAUCCUCCCCAGAGCAGCAUUCCCUGUCUACACUAUUUAAAGAUGAGAGACCAAGAGCAAGAGCAGAAUAUGGCGGCCAGCAAUGGUGAGGUAACCAAAGUGACCAUGAAUGGAGAUUUGUCCCCAGACAAAGUUCAGAAUGCUGCUGUAGAAAUAAUUGAGGAAACAGACUGCACUGCCACUGAGCAAAACUCUGUCACUAAUUCAGUAUCUCUCAGUAGCUCAGGGGCAAUGAACUCUAAAUCCUUGGAAGAACGAGAAGCCUUGGGUGGAAUCAUUGCAGCAGGAGCCCUGGGGCAGGUGAAGGCUAAAGUAGAAGUAUGCAAAGAAGAAUCUAUUGCCAUUGAUGAUUUUAAUCUCACUUUCCUAGCCACCAAUUAUUCCUCCACCUGUACAAUAGAUUGGCCAGUUACAUUUUUUCAUGGAAAUUUCUCAGAAUUACCGUGCAUAGAUUUACUUCCAAGUUUCCUAUGUUACAGCCAUGACCAGACUUCAGCUAAAGCUAAUUUGUGCAUACUCACCACAAGGUUUCACAAGACCACGACAAAACAAUUUUUGAAAUGCUUUAUCCAAGCUGCUGAUGUCCUGGAUGCCAGUGAGUUCAUGAAUCAUAGGCAGCAUUCUGAACACAAAUGUACUAAUGAAUAUUGGUCGAUGUUGCAGCUUGUAGACAAGGAUUCCCCACUGACAGCUGCAGAUGAUACAGGAAGAUGUCAACCUGAUGUACAAGCACUCUAA